UUUUGGGGUCCCCCCCCAGAGCUGGGCCGGGCGGUGGCGGCGCGGCAGAAACUGGAGACGCAGCUGACGGAGAACAACAUCGUGCAGGAGGAGCUGAACCUGCUGGACGAGUCCAACACCAUUUUUAAGCUCUUGGGCCCCGUUUUGGUCAAGCAGGACCUGGAGGAGGCCAAGGGCACCGUGGGCAAGCGGCUCGACUACAUCAGCGGGGAGAUGUGCGUUCAUUUUGGGGCGAAAAACGGCGAUUUUGGGCAAAAAUGGGUGAAAACGGGGAAAAAUG